AUGAAAAUUCUGAACCUAAUCUUUUCAAUAUACUGCGUAGCUGGUAUGUACUUCUACCAGAUGGACAAUAUUUAAAUGAGUGAGACAGAACGUGCAAGUUAUUUAAAAUAGGAUGCCUACUGCUAUUGACAUUAUUUAUGAUCGUAUGAAGUUAUAUGUUUAACAUUGACUGACAUAUAUGAGUUGGAAUACAGUUGUGUUAGUUCUCGUGAUCUAGUAUUAGCAUUUCCAGGUUGUGUCAAUUGUAGCGCUCACAUUUUCGCUAAAGAUUAUUAAGAGAACAUAAAAUGUAGGACUAAAAUAUUCAUUUCAUUUGCUCCAAUAAAAAAGACUUUUAGCAAGCUAGAUAUUAUUGAACGUAAUUCCUUCGUUUAGGCAUGGCUUCCGAGGAACGGUUGUACAAGCCAUUAUCAAAUGGACUCGAGGAUAACGUAGUCUCUUCAGUCGAUAAAUGUCAGUGGGUGGAAAUCAACCUUCCGGAGCCGCUGGUGGUAGGAUUCACUUGUGAAAGGCCUACCAAUAAAUAAAUAUGCUGAUACAUAUCAUGAAGAGGUCAUUGUAAAUUUUCCCUUAUUUGUACGAAAGGUUUUAACAGACAAACACGAUCACGCGCCAGAAUUACUUUCUUUGUCUGCCAGAAAAUAGCAAAUACAUCGAAAACAUAUUGCUUUUCAUAUGUUUAGUUAAUAUAACUUAGUGGUUAACUGUUAUUUCUCCUUGAGUGUCAUAUAACAAAUGCAGGCAAUAAAACUACCUACUAUGUCAAAGUGCAAAUAUGAUCGCUUCAGUAGACAUACUAACUCAUAAAAUGUCCAUCAAAAUUAAGAAAUGAUUUUUGAUUUCGAAAAGAGUACUUAAGUAGAAUUUAAAAAAUAAUCGUCAUGCAGCACAAUUCCGCAUACAAAAACAUAAACUGCACAAAAUGGAUACUUAUGUAGCAUGCAUUUUGCUCACCGAUUUUUAAUAUCCUUAAAAAUUCAAGUAUAUUCCAUACAUGAAAUAUUCAUUUUUGAUCACUCGGUAGAAAAUGACGUUUUAUUUCAAUUUUAUAUUCGAAGGAUUGGCAUAUUUCUGUUUUCAAAACAACUUUCCCGUUCAUGAAUAGCUUCGAAUCCAACAUAUCGUUACACGUGCAUUCAGAGUUUUUAAACUACAAGCCAUACGCAUUUCGUGUGCAGGAAACCACACACUUCUGUACGUUAGAAGGAGGAGACUAUAUGGGUGUCAUGAUAUUUAUCCCUAGAUUUGACCCAUAUUGUAAGCUUACGUAAACGAAGAAACAUGACGUUUGCUAAACGAUCGUUUCACGGUAUUAGAAAAACCGCAUCAAAAAUUUUUAAACUAAAUUAUGUCUUUCCCCCGAGUAAAAACUUGAAAAUCGUAACUGCCUACCAAAUAAGCAAAAUGAUGCAUAUCUUAUGCCUGUUUUCUUUGACAUAAUCUUAAAUAUUUAAAGGUAUAGGAAGUCAAUGAAAAAAUACAAGCUACAUAAUCAUUCGUUUUUCGACAGAGUAUGCUUUUGCGUGCAGUCGGAAGAAAGUUCGUUCAAAAGCUAGAAAACCCACGUUACCAGAAUACUUAUAGAAUUCUGCUGCACGGUAAUAUAUUUUUAAACUUUACUUAAGUUAUGUUUUCUAAACAGCAACGCAUUUCAGAGGUUAAGUUAAUAUUCAAUGAGUUUAAACAUGUACUGUAGUAAUCCUAACUGCACUUUAUUACGUUUAAAAAUCUGAAAACGCAUUAUGACUUUCAAGGAGAAAUCACCGUUAGGCUAUAUGGCAUAUUAUCUAAAAUCCCUUAAAAAAUUAUUUUCGUCGCAUGUGGGUUUCCAGGCAUGCAGACAAAAGCGAAUGUGGCGUUUGUUCGUAUUUACCUAUUAAAAUCUUUCGUCUCGAGGUGAGUAAAUUAUUAUAGAAUUAUUCUGCAUGAUGGUUAGUUUUACAACCCUAUCUAAUUAAUCUUCUUGAGGUUGCACAGUUACUCGGAGGCUUACAAACAUUGUUUAUAUCCUCUCCGGGAUGUCCUUGUCAAUUCAUUUGAUAGUUACCAGUGGGUGGCCAUCCAACUUCCGAAUCCGGUGACAAAAUGCAUGCUCAGAAAUAUACACGCCAAUAUGUGUCAUGAAAAGGCCGUUUUAAAUUUAUUCUUAUUUUGCUUAUAAUAAAAGUGUGAAUAGGCACAUACGACAAAUUGCUACAUUAACUUAAUUUUGGUAUUAACAUCAGUGUGUCAUAUGGGACAAAAAAUAGUUCCUAAACAUUUUAAAUAAACGUAACGUUUUGCUGGAGUGCUAUUUCUUCUGAAAAGCCAUCACAAAAAUUUAUACAAUUAGACCACGUGAUUUACCAAAGAGCAGUUUUGAUUGCCAAGAUGUGUUACACUUCGUGGACACUUGAGUUCAUCAGUGACUGCCAAUUUUAAAAAAAUUAUAUCUCAUUUGCAGAGCAUUGAGUUGGAUAAACUAAAUCUUUUCUGUGAAAAUGGAUCAUGCAAAGCUGUUACAAACGAGACCACGGACGUUACAUAUAGUCAUAAAAAAGGUAUGCGACUUCUUUGAUAAUUACUGCAAUUUCUUAUACAAAGCAGAAGUUUCACGUGGUAUUCCGCCGCAAUUGUAAACAAUGAUGAGCAGUGAGAUAAAAAGGCGUAACUUAAAACAAUCGGACUUUCUAGGCAACGCCCAGUUAUAUAGAAUAGAACCAAAUGUAAAUACAUAACCCGACAGGUUAAAUCAUGAUUAUAAGUGCUUGAACUUCAGACCGUCAGCGUGAACAAAUCAUUAAUGGGACCACGUGUUCUACAAGAGAGUUCUGUUAAUUAAAAUUUGAAAUCACACUUAUGGAGUCAUACGCAACAGUGAAAUGCAAUGUAAUAUGUCUCGAAUAGCUCAGUGCGCUGAGCGAGAAGCACCAUUCUCAGUAGUAAUGAUAUAACAUGUGCGUCAUGAAAGGCCCAGUCACCAACAUGGAUUGCGGGAAAUCGCAUGAAUCAGGCUGGACUGAGUUAACUUUUCGGAGUGACGAACAGCACGUCAUGCUGUCUGGGUCUGGCGGAGGUGAGAAUUAGACCAGUCAACAUGUACUUGCAAUCAUGGGUCCACGAGCUGAAGUCAGAAAUCCAGAUGUUUUCAUAAAUGUGAAUAUGGCAAUCUUAAAGCGAUAGAGAGGCCUAAAUAUCGGUAUCUAUUUCAUGAUGCGUCUGAUGAUUAUCGAAUGUUUCAUGAGUGACCUUCUAGGAUCUUUUUCAAACUUGAUUGAGACUGACUUUGAACCCUCAAAUAGAGGCAUCUACACGAGAUGUGUUAGACUAGAACAGCACUGACAAAGCACCUUUACUUUUUCUGGUUGGAAAAAUUGCUGUACCGUUUAGAAAAAUAAGAUAAGUGAUUGUGCACAAAUGUUAAAUUUUGAUUUGAAGUCCUCGCACCCUACAGAAUGAAACUGAAUGAAAUGUAAGGAAUGAAACUGAACAAAUCAAAUUGAACAAUUACCGGUCACUUCGAAACUGACAUCUUCGUACCCCGUACUUUCCUGUUUGGUGUGAACUUUUAAUAUAUUUCUUCGAAUACUUGUUUUUACUAGGGCUGUGUCUGAGAAAGCGUAUGUCGUCAUCGUUAUCGUCACAAGCAGACAUCCAUGACAUGAUUGAAUGGGCAUGAAGUAAAGUGUCUUUCUCAAAAACCGGAAAAUUUUGACAAAUCUGGAAUCUAUAUAACUUAACCAGGCUUUCGACGCCUAAACCGUCACAGGACUCCGUCAACCUACCUUGAUGAAAAAAUUCGUUAAAGAUAAACUAUUUUUCUUUCGCUCUCAGGGUUUAAUGUCAGUUUUAUGUGCAGUCUUUACAUCAUGUUUGUCACUACCUUGUCGCAUCGCGGGUUCUAUUAGAUGGUCAAAUAAGAAGCAAGCUUUCAAUUCUAAGUUUGGCCUGUCAAGGAUAAGCAGACCGUCUCUUAAAGUGGAAGAAUCGGACUGCGAUGCAUUUAUCAGCACCAGUUAAAUGACCAUGUAGCUGUCCACAUCAAGGAGGUCAUACCUUGAUUUUGAACAGCCGCUUUAGCUCAAACAAACUUUCAUUUUAUUCAAUCAUGUUAUAGAUGUAGGCACGCGCACACUGAAGUGAUGUUUGUCUGUAGAGGCAAAUGACCUUACAAUUCUUGUGGAAUCAAAAAUUUGGCUUAUGCUCGUUCCUAAGUCAACGAAACUUAGACUGUCUUUCAAUCUUUAUGCAGGCAGAUUGACUUGCAUCACGUUGUCAGUCCCUAUGCCUGUGCGUUUAGCGCAGAUGCAGCACAGGUUUGAGUAUAAGGUAGCUCAAAUGACCUCUGUCUACGUAAUGAGAUGAAAGUUAAUUAAAAAAGCCUUGAUUUCAUCUCAACAUCUAAUCUCCUUAUGGUAAAUUUCACCUAUCGUCGUUCCGCUUAGCAAAUAAUUUGUGACAAUACUUACUGGCAAUUAUGCGUUAUCCAAACAAUCAGGUAUUUUACAUAAAUUUCCCUGUCAGCUAUCAACUUGUAGGCAAUGUUAAACUUUAAUGAAACACUUACUCCAGAAAGGCAAGUUUGGCGUUCGGAAAUAACCCAAGUUAAAAAAUGAUGCUUGCCCCCAUUCGCCAAAUUUCUUGUUCAAUUGCAAUAUUCCAACAACAUUACGAAAUUUCCAACAAACUGCAAUUGACUGCUGUCAGUGAUUUUGAAUUGUUUUCGUUUAUUAUUCAUCAGAAGGAAAGUACUAUCGAGCGAGUGCCAGAUUCUGCGAACCCGAACUUAUAAAAUACUUCCGAAUUGGAUGGGAAGUAAAGGAAUUCAAACGACCUGGACGGAAGACACUGCUUACACAAUUCAUUUUCCCCGAAAACGACUGGUCGGGGAGCAAUAAAAGUAAGCGACCUUUUAAGUAAUGUUUGGUGGAGAAAGAAUCUUCGGUUUUUGGGGUCUGACAGACAAUAAAUGCUCUUAAUUGUAGGCUGCAUUCAACCGCAAUAUUCUCUACCACUCAUGAAAUCUGUCAAUAAAAGUUCUCAACUUACAGUGCAGUGCAGUACCCGGAAAUCAACGUGCCAUAAAAGCGAAAAUGUAUGCUUCGCAAAAUUAUCUGUGAACUAGCAAUUCAGUUAGAGUGAAAUGCUUAAAUAAACCUUUUCUUUGUAGGUAGUGAUUUUCGACUUAAACAGCGUCUUCUGUGUAUACAACGAGACCGUUAAAACAUGCAGUAAGUGCUUUAUGAGUGAAAAUUUUUACAAUUAUUUUAUACCAUGAAACAACGAAACCUUUAUUAAACAUUUAAAAUUAACCUGCAGACAAAACAGAGGAGAACGAUGGCAUCGUCCACUAUACUACAACGGUAUCUAACACGUCCCCAAACAAAUAUUUCCCCGACCAAUAUGUCUUCUGUAACUCAAACGGGAGUUACAUUUCAAUGAGGAUCACCUGGAACUCAGGCAAAACUUCUUUUGCAUAAAUAUCAGUCGUCUCUUUGAGGACUUAUUUUGGUCUGGUAUUUCAGCCUUUGCAACUGGUAAGGCUGAGGCAAAUGGGAGCGAUCCUAUGGGGAGUGACACUAUAGAAUCUAGAUAAAAUUGCUUAUCCACAUGAGGUGUGAAUUUUGAUUGAAGCAAACACUCAUUUACGACAUACUUAUAAUAUAGACAGGGCCGUUGUAAAAAUACAGGGUGACUCUGUGGCAAGAAAUAAACUCAGCAAAUAGAAACCAGUCUAUUAUACGAUGGAGAUUUUGUAAAUCUGCCAUACUUCAUUCAUCGCAUUGCAUGAACAGUUUCCCAUGGUUCGCAUAGACCAACACUCGACGACUACCGAAGAGAAUAAAGCAACAACAACAUCGACCCCCGGUAAUAAAAUUUAUAUGUUUUUUGUCUUUAUUUACAAGUAUUUGUGUGUUUCAGUAACUGUAUAUUCGAAGAGGGCGUCCCCGUAUUUAUUUUUAAAGUACAGUUAAUGAUCUGUGGUAACUUUUUUAAAAUAAUGUUGAUGUCACUGAUUGCUCUGCCAGUGUUUUUGCACGUUCAUGCCUGUUUACGCUGUCUUUAAAUGACCAAGAUUGAAGAAGCGUCUGCCUUGUAUACAAGUUGGAAAUUGGAGUUAAGUGAAUGCCACUAGAUUUUCAAAAUCACCGUCGCUUAAGCAGAGUGGACUCAGACAUAUCAUCAUAUGGUGCACCAUAAAUGGCAAAUUAUUUUUUUGUUCAAUUGCACAAAACAUCGUGCUCCAAAACCUGAGGCGGACGCUUUAUACUCGCCACCUUCAAAAAAUGUAGACAAACGUUUUUAGUCUGUCUGAAAUUCGUCUGACUGUUUCAUUUCGACAAGGCGUUAAAUGAACGUGUCGCAGUAAAGCUAGACUUAAUAUCUUAUUUUGCUUAUUUUGUCUACCAUUCAAAAUUAACGUACACUUGAUUUCCAUAGAGCAGCGGUCUACGAUCAUUGUGGAAACUGAAAGAACAACAGUAGCGAAUAUCAGUAAGGCCUCUUGUAUGUGUAUUCUCAUAUGCCAACAUAUAUAUCCGUGUCGAAGUAAUUGUUCAUUCUGCUUAAAAGAAACACAAAUCCUAAUUGUUACAGAUUCAGUGUAAUGUACGACGGUGGGUCGGUAAUCUUGUUUAACAUUUGUCCGGUCACUCUUGGUUCAACGCAUAUCUACCAAUAGCAAUUAAAAAAGUGAUAUUUGCUACUUUGUGUGAGUUAGCGUCAAAUCUAAACUGACAGCAUGUUAAGCAAGGCAGGCCGGCGUUAGAGCAGUCACAUUACAGUGCGUUUAUUGGAGCCAUAUAAUGUUAUUUCUGCAAAUCCUUUCGUUAAACACCAGUCGCAGUUAAAUAAGAAAUACAUAUAAACACCUUUACACAAUUCGGAAUAAGUACUAAGCGAACCCUUUCAGACUAUUUACAUUUGGUAAACAAGCCACUAUUAUUCUAACGUGGUUUCGAGCAAAAUUCGUUAAUAGCAAACACAACAUAUAACGGAGAAUGUAAAAACGCAAAGUUCAUUCUCGCCAUAUAUUCAACAGCUAGUCUAUUUCGCGAUAUCUAAAUCAAAAUUAUUAAAUAAAUUUUUAAUAAGAAAAAAUUAUACACGUGGGUGAUAAUAUUAAUUAUCGCACAGCGCACUGCAAAAACAAUUCAUUUACAUAAGAAUGCCGAGUAUUUUACGCAAACAUAUAAUAGGUUUGGUUCCACAAAGUUCGAAAUAGAGAAAUUGUUUGAGAUCAUAAAACGCACAUUUGAAAUACAUAGCGCCUGCCAGUUUGCCAAUGCCACUUAUGGCCUGUUUCAUACGGUCGACGAUCAUCAGGAUUUUUUGUAUGACAUUCUGGAAGUGCAAAGCAAUGUGUGAUUUUCCUUAUACGAAAAAUACGCCGCAUGCAAUUUAGGAAUUCUCGACGAAAAAUGAAAAGUGCAUGUUAGAUUUACCGAUAUUUUGGAAAUUAAUAAGAAUUACAGUAACUUAAAUUAAUCCGUUCUCCGAGUGCAAUGUUUGAAAAAGACCUAGCUGUGCAUCAAAUGGGUACUCAAAAUAAUGCCUGUAAUGCAUUUGUUUUAUUGAAAAAUUUGUCUAAAUUUAUAAUGUCGUUGAAGACCAUUGGACGAAAUUCAUAGUACUUAGUGCACAUUUAAUGCCGGUCGCGGUUUAUGCAAGCGUCCAGUAAGAGCUCUUUCAAAGACCGUAACCCUGACCUAGUCGCCAAUUUGGAAUUGCUUUUCAAGAAAACAGACAAUCAUCGUAGCCCCCUUUAUAAUCCUCUAUAUUCAUAAUCGCAUUCCUGAGUUACAGGCAGCCUACGACACGCACGAGAAGUUGAGGUCGGAGCUGUUGUGAUUGAGCAAUUGCUUUUUGUAAUUAUGAACAUAUACGGAUUUUCGUAUGUAGUUCAAUAGUUCAGUUGACAUGUGAAUUCCGGUCUUCAGUGUUCGGGAUGAGCAAUCAGCUAAUAACAAUCAGCCGUGCAGAUGCAAUAUAAACAAGAGCUUAAUCUAGAACCAGUGCUUACGCCUGCUUGGGCUUGCAUAACUCAUAUGCAAAUAUUCGGCUGAUUUUGGCGAAAGUACUGUCGGUCAUUCUACGGGUACCAGAUAUAAAGCAAAGCUAACCCCUAGUUUAUAAAAUGUAAUCUGACAAGCUGUUUGACAAUCACAUUUGCGUAAAAUUGUCACCUUAAUAAUCCUGGAGAAGUUUUAAUAGCAGCUAAAACAUAAGGCGGAGGGCCAGACGUUAGGUGAAGUCUGAGUUAAAGCCGUUUUAUGUUUUCACCGUCAAAUGCGUUCGAUCCUGUCACAUGACUUCUGAGGCGACAUAGGGCCAUAAAAAGCUAAUACGGUUUUAAAACCUAAAACCAAAACAAAAGCACUGACUAACCUGUGGCUAUUAUAUUGCUAAAAGACUGUUCGAUUAUUGCUAACCUGGCUCGGAUGUUAAGCAUUAAUUUGCAGAAAACCAAGCACUAUCCGAAGCGUAGGUCACAUGUUUGGAAAACAAAUUACUAAGCAGCCUUUUGUGUGUAUGUUCUCUUUCGAACCUAGUGCUGCCUGUUUUUUGUAUAUUAUCUGAUGUGCGGUUGUCAGGAAUACUACAUGAUGCAAACUGUCAUAAACCUGCUAGACAGUCCAACGUACUGCAUGAAUUGGGGUAUGAUAGUGAAAUCACUAAACGCAAAACCGUUCAUUUGAUUUGUAAACAGUGGAACCGAUAUUUGUUCAGGUCGUGACUAAAAUUCGCCUAAAUAUGUUCCAUUAUAUAACAGCAAAUUUCUUUUUAGGUUAAAGUCCGACACGCUUCCCCAGUGGACAAAUAAAUAAUUUCUUUAUUUUGUGCAGACGACUCUAACACAUUUUACGCCCUUCUAUUAUGUCAUCUGCAGCAAAUAUUGGAUACAUACAACAAAGACUGUCAAAAUUUAAAAUACAUAAACGGCAACAAUAGGUUAAAUGGAAAAACUAAUACUCACAAUUCCGGCGCCUACUACUUAUGAUCCAAUACCCAUAGGUAUAAUAAGCUGGUUCGUUAGGUUUUAGUAGAUAUGCAAAACGCAGAGCACUACCAACCACAUUUUCUGUGUGGCUACAUGAAAUAACAUUAAACCUGCACAUUGUCUUAAAAUUUCCCUGCAUUUAACAACAUGUCGUUUAUGCUAUCCAAUAACUGUUGUAGGUGAUUUCUGCAAUUUUAAACCUGCGCAAACACACAUUUUAAUUUUUAUAUUGUUUGACACAAUUUUUACAACCACUGCUUCAGAUGAUCAAUGCGCCUGCCCAAACGCAAGUAAGGCGAUACGAUGAUGACAUGCUUAUUUCCGUUUUGCAAAAAAUUCAAAUCAGUUUUUAUUCUAUAGAUGAAGCAAUGGAACUACCAACAUGUAAACGUGUUGGUGAGUUUUGUAUUCCACAAAUUCAAAUCUCUAGCUAAAAAGAUGAUUAAUGUCCAGCGAUAUUUUAUAAUUUAGCAAUAUUCGACUGUUCUGGCCAUUGCGGAUGA